UCCAACAGGACAGAUAUCGGGAGGAAAAGGCAAAUACUAAACACACGCUACGGGAGGCCAGUAUGAUGCUGGUCUUGUCAAAUGCUGCCCAGUCCAUCUCCCCCUCAGUUCCGGGCCAUGUCACGUGACUUUCCGCCUCCACCUGUCUAACCUCUCUUCGCCUCCACAUCCCCAAGUAAACAAUUCAACAACAUUUCAUUGUCAGCUGACACCCUUCACAGCGCCGAGCUUACCCGGACCACUGGCUCCGUGGGCUGUAGUCCACAGCUACACCAUGCAUUGGAGACGCUCGGGCAAAAAACGUCGCUUUUCUAGUAUUUUGAAACAGUCGGUGCACAUUGUUCGGCUGCAGACCACUCCUAAUCGCUUAAGAGGUGAUUAAAUUAAUGCACCAGAGUUUUCAUUGCGCAGGAAAUGAUUCCAUAGGCUAUAUGUAGGCUAUUAUCAAAUAGCUCCACGUUUCUCACCCAGUCACUGAAGCCAGUGGGAAUGAAGACUGCUAGACUAUUUGAAGCGAUGAAGUCGUGACCAUAUCUAAUAAAAAUGGAAAUACUAUACUACAGGAUGAACGUCAAAAUUAUGCCGUUUUACAUCAAAACGCAGGCCUGUGUGACUGUUUGCCAGACCCCCCUCCCACUCCGCCGAUGGUACAGUCUUGGUUCAUUCAUAAAAUUGUAGCAGAGCAUAAAAGGAGGGGCUUGCAUUCUAGUCUGCAGUUACCAGGUAUAUACCUGGAGAAAAGACCCGAGCAGCUCUGUCCUGCGGAAGGCCAGAGUCAGAUUAGUCAUUGAUCACGACUUAUUUUAUUUCCCCCCCUCGUGAUGUAUCAUAACAACCUGACGCCUGACAUGGAUUCAGUGUCUCCCACCUGCCGGACAGAGUCUCCUGUCGGGACACUCUGCCAGAAGACGCCAGAAGAGGCGAGCUCUCCAGCUUCCUCCUCAGAGAGCAAUGCAAAGGAGGCUUGCGAGGACAUAAGCACUCAAGAUGCUCCAUUUGUUCCAACAGUCACUGCAAUUUCCUCUACCCCAGAUUUCCAGUGGAUGGGCCAGCCUACGGGUAUUACAUCUGUCUCCCAGUCUCUGGGUAGCAAGCAAGCCAAUGGAGUGCAAAGCUCUCACCAGGCAACACCCAAAGCGGGCGGGAAUAAGGGGAAAAAUGCUGCCAGAAAGGGGAAAACAGAGCAGCUGUCUCCAGAGGAGGAAGAGAAGAAAAGGAUAAGGAGGGAGAGGAAUAAAAUGGCCGCAGCAAAGUGUCGCAACAGACGGAGGGAACUCACAGAUACACUGCAAGCUGAGACAGACAAGCUGGAGGAGGAAAAAGCAGCCUUGGAGACAGAGAUAGCCACACUUCUCAAAGAGAAAGAGCGGCUUGAAUUUAUCCUUGCUACUCAUAAACCAAUGUGCCAAAUACAAGAAGAGCUGGAGUCUAUUUUCCAGGAGCCCACAGGAUCCCCAGAACUACCUUCCAGCCCAGAUGAGGAUAGACUUCCAGAGGAUGGCACCCAGGAAGCUCCUUCGCUCCAGGACAUGGACAUGCCCAGUGAUCCGUCCAUAGCCAUCUCUGGGAACUCCAAUAUCUUGCUGUGCGCCAGUGCUGAAAUCAACAUCUGCGAUCUUGAGCCCUCUCUGGACAUUAAGGAGGGGCUGCUGGACAAUAUGUUACCCGGUAUGGAGGAGAAAACCCCCAUGGAGACUGCUCGAUCUGUGCCAGAUAUAGAUCUGAGCAGCUCUCUCGGUGUCUCUGACUGGGAGACCCUGUACAAGUCUGUGUCCAGCGACCUGGAGCCUCUCAGCACUCCUGUGGUGACCUCCACCCCCACCUGCAGCAGCUACCUGUCUGUGUUCACGUUUGCGUGUCCUGAGCUGGACACUCUGACAGAGGGACUGGAUGGCCAUAAAGGUGGAGGGGGCAAAGCUGAAUCUGUUGAUAUCCUCAACUCACCAACUCUCCUAGCCUUAUAAUGUACAGAUGGAAAUAACAUAUCUUAACUCUGGUUUUUCUGUUUGCAGGUUCCUGACUUUAAAAUGAUAUGAACGACAUAUGCCACAGUGUGCUGUAACACUUCAAGGAAUACAUGUCUUGUGUGUGACUAAGCAGACUUAUAAACUUUCCAGAUACAAAGCCAACAGAGGGAUGUAGCUAAAAGCAUGGUUCUUACUUUACAAGGAGGGGCUUGAGUAGGCUGUGUUGAUUUUAAGCAUGCUGAGAAAUUCCAAAUAAUUUCAAAAGCUCAUAUAUAUCUGAUCUGUUACUAGAGCUAAGAUGUAAUGUGGAAUGUAAUGUCACAGUAUGGGUUUGUGUUUUGGUGUGACUAGUGUCUUGAUUGCUGUAAAUGUUGUAUUCAGUCAUGUUAAGUACCUGCAUACCUCAAUGUCAUCGACUGUGGUUUGACCUCAUUGUUAAAAUGUAGACGGUUUUCCAUGAAAACAUC